AUGCAAGUGGGCAUACAUGUUACAUCACCCUAUCAUGUGCACGUAAAGGCAGUAGAAAAGCCAGUUCAAACAACUAGAACAGGAUGUAAAGCCUGUUUGAAUGCAAGGUUAGUUGAUACAAAGUGGUAUGUGACUAGUGUAUAUGCCAAGCAUAAUCAUGAUUUAAGCCCAGGUAAAGCUAGAUACUUUAGAUGUAAUAAGAAUUUGGACUCUACUGCGAAGAGAAAGCUUUUAAUAAAUGAUAGAGCUGAAAUAAGUAUGAGCAAGAGUUAUAACUCACUAGCAGUAGAAGGGGGGAGCUAUGAGCACCUCGCAUUUGGAGAAAAAGAUUGUCGUAAUUUUAUUGUCAAGUCAAGGCAUCUUCGGCUUGGCACAGGAGGCGUUGGAGCUCUUUGUGACUAUUUCAAAAGGACGCAAGCAAUUAAUAAUGAUUUCUACUUUGCCAUAGAUUGUGAUGAUGAUUAUAGGUUGAAAAAUGUGUUUUGGGCUGAUGCACAAAGUAGGGCAUCGUAUGAGGAUUUUGGGGAUGUGGUUACAUUUGACACAACCUACUUAACUAAUAGAUAUGAGAUUCCAUUUGCUCAUUUUGUGGGAGUUAAUUAUCACGGCCAGUCAAUACUUUUUGGGGUGGCAUUAAUAUCAAGUGAGGAUACAAAGACAUUUGUAUGGUUGUUUGAGGAAUGGUUGAACUGCAUGAAUGGACGAUCGCCAAGUGCAAUUAUAACAGAUCAAGAUAGGGCUAUGAAUAAUGCAAUUAAUGAAGUUUUUCCAAAUACCCGACAUAGAUGGUGUUUAUGGCACAUAUUGAAAAAACUUAUAGAAAAAUUCGGAUCACAUUUACAGUACCAUGCCAUUAAGAGUGCCUUCCGAAGUUGUGUGUAUGAAUCUCAGACAUGCGAUGAGUUUGAUGCAAGUUGGCGAAGUCUACUUGAUUGUUAUAGUCUAGGGGAUAAUGCAUUGUUGUGUGGGUUAUAUAGUGAACGUACUUUUUGA